AUGCCACCAGCCUCUCAAGCAUCCAGCAGCAGCGCAGCUGUCCCCUCAGCACCUGCGGCGUCUUCGCAGUCAGACAGUUCCGGGACCACUCUUGCUCUCGGCAUCUCACUUGCCGUUCUCGCAUUCCUUGUGUUCGGUGGGCUUGCUCUCUACUUCCUGCGGAGAAGGACGCGGGCGAAGAAGCAGCAUGGGCGCGUGGCGGACCUCUCCUCCCAUAGACGAACGUACAUGGUUGCGGUCGACCCCGACCACCUCGCCGCACGGGUGACACCGUUCGGAGUUGGUGUGAACGCGCCUCAUGUUGAAGUCCCAAAGUUCGUCCACAACCCCGGAGAAAACAUGCGUGUGGCGUACCGCCGCUCUGAUGGCGGGUGGAGCUUCCAAGCCCAGGAGACCCCUGGGCCUUCCUUCGACCUCAACCGUGAGUUGACAACGUCAACACGCCUCGGUCCCUCCAAGGAGAAGAAGCUUCACCCCGGUGAGCUCACGACGCGCGGCUACGUUGAGUCGGACGUCGAAGGCAACCCACCACCUGCAUACGAUCAUGAAGGCGCGAGCGUCGUCAGCGACUGCACAGGUCACCGCCUGUAG